GAUGAAAAAGCUAUCCCUUGCUUGAUGAGAAAAUAUACACAGUAGAUAGCUAUCUAUAUGGCUGUGUUAAUUAUGAUGAAGCUGCCUGGCACUUAUUCACCAAAUAGCUUAAUAUUAUUACGUUUCAUGUUGUUGUUAGUUUUAUCGUAUAGAACGAACGCAUUGGUUAAACUACCACCAAAUGUUACAAUUCCUGCACUCAUAGCUUUUGGAGAUUCUAUCAUGGAUACAGGAAAUAACAAUAACAUCAAAACAAUCGUCAAGUGCAAUUUCCCUCCUUAUGGUCAAGAUUUUGAGGGAGGGAUUCCAACUGGUCGAUUUUGCAACGGAAAAAAUCCCUCUGACUUGAUCGUUGAAGAGUUAGGUAUUAAAGAGCUUUUACCAGCUUAUUUGGAUCCAAAUCUCAAACCAAGCGACCUUUCUACCGGAGUAUGCUUUGCUUCUGGUGCAUCCGGAUAUGAUCCUUUAACGCCUAAAAUAGUGUCGGUGAUUUCAAUGGGCGAUCAACUUAAGAUGUUCAAAGAAUACAUAGUGAAGCUUAAAGGUGUGGUUGGAGAGAAUAGGGCAAACUUCAUCCUAGCAAAUACUCUUUUCCUUAUAGUAGCUGGAAGUGAUGACCUUGCCAACACCUAUUUUACUAUUCGCACCAGACAACUACACUAUGAUGUUCCUGCUUAUGCUGACCUUAUGGUCAAAGGAGCCUCUGAUUUUAUUAAGGAAAUAUAUAAACUUGGAGCACGCAGAAUUGGAGUGUUUAGUGCAGCACCUAUUGGGUACUUACCAUCACAGAAGACUCUAGGUGGGGGUGUAUUUAGAAAGACCAAUGAGAAGUACAAUGAAGCAGCCAAGUUAUUCAAUUCCAAACUCUCCAAGGAGUUGGAUUAUCUUCACUCUAACUUGCCCAAUAGUAACGUCAUUUAUAUUGAUAUUUACAGUCCCUUACUUGAUAUCAUUCUCAAGCCACAAAAAUAUGGAUAUAAAGUUGCGGAUAAAGGUUGUUGUGGCACAGGAAAGCUAGAGGUUUCAGUGCUAUGCAACCCAUUGAGUGCCACUUGUCCUGAUAAUUCAGAAUACAUAUUUUGGGACAGUUAUCAUCCAACCGAAAGUGUAUACAGAAAGCUUGUGGCUGUAGUUCUUCCAAAAUAUGUGGGUCGAUUAACUGCAUGAUAUCUCAAGAAGAAAGUGGAUGGAUAUGUUUGAUCAAAUUCAUUCAUCUGUUCACAAUUGUAAUUUCACAACAGUGGCUUUGAGUAUGUUUGGAGUGUGAAACUGCAUAUGGCCAUGUUUUGUUUUUAGAGAACAUCAAAAUAAAUCUAUAUGUUGAAAUUUGAGGGGUUGAACUUACUACAAGGGUUAAGUAUUUGAAAUUUUUAAAAUAUAAAUGCUAUUAUUAUUAUUAUU